AUGCUCGCGAACGGGUGGGCCAACAACGGCACUCUGGGUCCAGGCGAUACCAUCAUCGUUGAUGGAGCGAAACGAGACCGUGCCGUAUGGCCAGGAGACAUGGGCAUUGCGGUUCCCUCCACCUUCGUCAGUACCGGAGAUCUCGACAGCGUCAAAAACGCACUGCAAGUCAUGUUCGACUACCAGAAUCCGGAUGGUUCAUUCCCUGAAGCUGGCCCGCCGCUUUUACAGCAAAACAGCGAUACGUAUCAUAUGUGGACAAUGAUCGGUACCUACAACUACAUGCUAUACACGGACGACGCAGCCUUUGUGCAGAGGAACUGGGCCAAGUACCAGAAAGCUAUGGAGUACAUAUACGCCAAAGUCCAAGUCGAGACAUCUGGUCUCCUCAAUCAAACCGGCACCAGGGACUGGGCGCGCUGGCAGACUGGAUUCAACAACACGGAAGCAAAUGUCAUUCUAUACCACACUCUGCAAACCGGUGCUAAACUCGCUACAUGGCUCAACGAAAGCAGUUCCAACAAUUCAGCAGCAACUUGGACAUCACGCGCCACCGCCCUUCAAACAACCAUUCUCACCCACUGUUUCGACUUCACCUACGGCGCCUUCCGCGACAACGCCACACUCACCACCCUCCACCCCCAAGACGCAAACAGCAUGGCCAUCCUCUUCGACCUCAUCCCACCUUCCUCCCAAACCGCCCAAGACAUCUCCACAGCGCUCACAAAGAACUGGACGCCCAUCGGCGCCGAAGCCCCCGAACUCCCCGGCAACAUAUCCCCCUUCAUCUCCAGCUUCGAAAUCCAAGCCCAUUUCACCCUCGUCAUCCCAACAGGUACAACUCGUGCCCUCGAACUCAUACGCCGAAGUUAG